UUGCGGUUGAUCCAGAUAUUGCGAAUGCCACCUGGGUAAACGUCGUACAAGCCAUCAAGCGCUCGGGUGGCUUGCCUGACCCUGAUGUAACUCCGGAGCUCAUGAUAGAUGUUGUACAGCACCCAGACGAUGGACAAGACGGCAAGAACGACGUGUGCCCAAAGCCGUUUUUGGACGUGUUGUGCGCCCACAUUCGCAAUGUUGUAAAUAUCCACGCCAUGCUGAACAUCUUCUGGUUCGUUGCUAGUGGAAUAGCGAUUUAUCGGCAUGAGGAUGGGGAGGAUGACGACCAGCAUGGGCGUGAAGACUUUGAGGAGCAUGCGGAGGUAGCGGACGAAGAAGUAGGCGUCCAGGCCGCAUUUCUGGAUGAUCUGAAGGGCUGGGGUUGCGAUCACGGGCUUGAUCCAGCCGAUGAAACCGUGUGGAGGUAUGGCGAUGCGUUCUCUCUCGGGUACGAGGCCGCUGCUAUGGCAGCCCAGAGGGAGCCCCAAGACCAGCCUUCUGAUCCAAGUGCAAGGCCUCCGUUGCCGCUGAGGAUGGAGCCGAAGCUGGAAACGUCGACGUCCUCGGCGUUUACCGUAUUGGUAGACAUGUUGGAGCGCGUAUCCUCCCGGCCAGCAGUGAAGA